CCAACCGAAGAAGAAAAUAAAAAGCAAUGUUGUCGGGAUCUUUCGCCAUACCUUCCCCGCCUUAUCCCCAUUUCCAUCGGCGGAGACAGCACCGGAGAGACCCGAAGAAGGAAACCGAAGAUGCGGCUACCAAAGCCCACAGUUCCUCCAAUGCUACCAUAUUUCUUCUUCUUCUUCUUCUUCUCCGACCUACCCGGUCGGAUCGUGCUUGCCCAAGUUUCGAUUCCGGCCAAGUAUGACGGGUUCGUGUACAAGAACGGCGUAUUUAGCCCUGAUGCCGUCAUGAUCGAAGCCUUCUUCGACCCGCUCUGCCCCGACAGCAGGGACGCGUGGCCGCCUCUGAAACGCGCCCUCGAGUACUACGGCCACGCCGUUUCACUACUCGUUCACCCCUUCGCCUUGCCUUACCAUGAUAAUGCUUUUGCUGCUUGCCGUGCCUUGCAUAUUAUAAACAAGCUGAACACAUCUGCUACGUAUGACUUGUUGGAAAUGUUCUUCAAGCGUCAGGAUAAGUUUUACAACCAACAAACAUACUACCUUUCUAGAGCUGUCGUAGUAAGUCAAAUGGUGGAGUUUGCAACGGAAGCAGUUGGGAACGCCUUUUACUCUGCUGUAAAUUCUGGCUUCAAUGACAGGCAAACUGAUCUCAUGACAAGGGUUUCCUUCAAGUAUGGUUGCUCAAGAGGGGUGUACGGGACACCUUUUUUCUUUGUUAAUGGGUUUCCAUUGCCUGAUGCUGGCUCAACUAUAGAUUAUAAUGGAUGGAGAAGCAUCAUCGAUCCAUUGGUUGGUAAACUAGGUGCGAAGAGGGAGGAACCACAUUUCCUUUUAUAAAUGAUUUAAUUAAUUAUGCUUCUCCUCUUGUUGUACAACUACUAAGAGUUCACAAUGACAUUGAUGCACAAUUGAAAUGAUUGCUGCGGGAAGCUGUGUAAAUUGAUUAUUAGCUUGUGCUUCAUAAGCUUUUACUAUGUGUACUACUUGAUGGUUGAUGCUCCAUUUGGUUUCUAUUGUAGCAAAGAAGUGAUGAAGGUUAUCAUAUCUAAUGGUUCUCCUUAAAAUCUUAAA